AGAUUAUUAAUAUUAAUAACAUUAUAAGAACGAUAAUAAUAAUAACGAUACCCAUUCCGUAAAUUUGGGCUCUCAGUGAAACAAUUGCGUUCAGUGCGCGUCAUACCAAAUUUGUAAGUCGGCCAAGGAUGUCAAACGUUAAACUUAUCUAGGCACUGUUUAUUGGAUUAACCAAUCAUCUUUUUGUAUUUGUUUACACGUAGACAAGUAGUACACGUGUGGGGAGGAACGAGGCUAGCAAAAACAUUUAUAUUGUUUUAUUUGAUGUUUUUCUUGUUGUUUUUUUUGUAAAAUGCAUCGUCUCUACCGCAUAAUCAAGCAUUCGAAACCAUCUGUAAUGAUUGCAGAUCACAGAUGUGGAUAUGGUUCUACACAAACUAGGCCUAGGCCUAGUUGGGAUUUGUCUAGGCCUCGGCUGUGCCGACAACGUGUCGCCGCCUCAUACGUUAUGCCGCAGGAAAAACUGCACCAGUCGCCUGUGAACUUCAGCCAUAUGUUACGGCCCGGGCUUAGCAAUAUCAGUAGCCGCACUGUUGGUGAGCGCUCAUAUACUACUACUAGCACUGAAACAGCAGAUAAUGAUCAAACUGCUAAAAUUAGGUCCUGGGCCUUUGAGCUUAAUAACUCUUUUGGUAAAAUCAUCAGCAACACAAGUUUUCCGAUGCGAGUGGUCCCCCUGAAUCCCAUCGAAUUCCCGUCAUCGGACCGAAUCUUUGUUCAUUUGUUAUUACGGUCGCCAAUUUCUGGCGAUAAACUGUCGAAUUUUAUUAAACAUACAUUUAAAGAGUCAUGCUCUGCUGAUGUUAGCCUGAAUGAUGAUCAUGUUCUUGCGAUUGAAGGUGGUUUUCUAAAUGAGGAACAAGUUCAGAACUUUGAUAAUAAUUCUCUUAUUUUAGGCUGGUAUGUCGAGAUUCCAAUGAGUUUUGAUUUACAUCUUAAAACCACUGGAUUAGGACAUGUUUGUGUUGAAAAAUUUGAGAACCAAAAUUGUGAUUUAGAAACAGAACGAGGUGACUGUGUUAUGAAAUCCUUGAAGACAGGUCAGGUGACUGCAUCUACACAAGGGGGAAGUAUUGUCAGUGUGAAAUCUCUUCUAGGAAAUGUUUCGUUGACUACUAGAGGUGAAGGUGAAAUCAAAACUGGUAAAAUCCAAGGUCAUGUGGUGAAACUAACAUCGGAGGAUGGGACGAUAACAUGCAGUGAUAUUUAUGCAAACGCAACAACAAUGCAAAGCGAAAGUGGAGACAUAAUAACGGGAAACCUCCAUGGAGAAUGCAACCUAAAAAGCAAGGAAGGAAACAUUAAAAUUGGCAGUCUAGAUGGAUCGUUACAUUCAGAGCUGACAAGAGGAUCACUUGAUGUUUAUGCAAUCAGGCACAAAGAUAUAUACAUCAACAAUAGUGAGGGAGACAUUGUAGUCAAGGUACCGAAUGAGCUGAAAACUUAUGUGGAACUUGACGGUCGUGAGAUCACCAUACCGGAUAAGCCACAGUUCGCUGAUUGCACUCGGGAACAAAUUGAAGGGAAGAUGAAAGUAACAGGUGUCAUAAGUCACUGUGCCAAUAGCAACAAGAUAUAUGCCAAGGCUGACAACGGAAAAAUCAAGAUAAAGACUCUCUCUUGGUUCGAUUCAUUGUCUUUCCACAAUAUCAUGAAAGAAGUUUGAUUUAAAA